AUGUCGUUGAAAACUGCGUUAUCACCACUUCCCGCAACACAACGUGCGGCCGUUAUCACGACCUUCGGUUCUCCCUAUACUCUUACCACUACCCACCCCGUCCCGGAACCGAAGACACUUGCCUCAAACCAAUGCCUCAUCAAGAUGGCUUUCGCAGGAUGCUGUCAUUCAGACCUGCACGUUCGCAAAGGCGAAUGGCCAGGAACGAAAGACUUUCCGGUAGUGGCUGGACAUGAAGGGAUCGGAGAGAUUGUUGCGGUCGGCAGUGAGGGAGGUGUCGACAUUGGAGAUAGGGUCGGUGUGAAAUGGUGUGUCAAUUCGUGUGCGAGGUGCGAACUGUGUAGGAGCGGGGAUGAUUCGUGUGAGUAUAUUGCCGAUGGCACAUUUGCUGAGUAUAUGGUAGCAUGGACAAAUAAUGUCAUUCCGAUUCCACCAUCGGUAUCCUCACCCGAAGCGGUAUCUGUUCUCUGCGCUGGUCUUACGGUAUACUCAGCUCUCAAGAAGACGAACACCACCGUAGGGAAUUGGGUUGUCGUUCCAGGAGCAGGCGGAGGCCUUGGACAUCUCGCCAUCCAGUUCGCAGUGGCGAUGGGUCUCCGCGUUCUCGCAAUUGACACUGGCGCAGAAAAGAAAGCUGUCUGUCUCGCCUCUGGUGCAGAACAUUUCAUCGACUUCAAGGAGUUUCCACUAGAUGCAGAGUCGCCAGCCGGGCCUGUCACACCGGUGGCCAAAGAGAUCAUUAAGUUUGCGUAUAACGAGUCUCUGUGGUAUCUUCGUCCAAAAGGGACGCUCGUGACCGUAGGGAUGCCUACGAACUUCGUACUCGGUAGCUUGCGAAUAGUCGGGUCGAGCGUCGGCUCUUUCCAAGAUGCCACCGAAGCCCUCGAUCUUCUCGCGCGCGGAAAGGUCAAGGUCCAUGCUACGCUUCGUAGGCUCGAAGAGAUCAAUGAGAUAUUCGACGAAAUGGAAGCUGGGACGCUUGUGGGAAGAAUGGUCAUCAAAUUGUGA